AUGGUUAAGGAGGGAAGUCAACCCAGCAGCAGAGGCCGAGGUUUUGACCUGACGCUGCAGCAGAUCACGUGCGCGGACGACGGCACCACUGGACGAGAUGACCUUUGCGGCCCUGGAGUUCUCCUGAACAAGAGUGCGUCUUGUUUGUACGUCGUGCGGCCAGCGUCACCACGCUUCUGUCAGCUGGAGAUCACAUUCCGCCGCUUCUCUCUGGACAACUCCACCGGUUGUGCUAAACCACGCCUGGAGAUAGUGGACCAAGACGUCCUUUGCAGGGAGGUGGCUGGCUCUCGUAGGUACCAGUGGAAAGACAACGAGCUUCGAAUGUUGUUUGUGACUAACGGUGAAACUGUCAGCCAUGAUUUUAAAAUUUAUGUCACGCAGAUACCAUGUCAUGAGGAUGAUAGAACGCUGAAAAUUUCUAAAUCCUCAAGUUCCAAUGAACAAAAUUACACACACUACGAGCUUAAUCGUAUCAGUUCAUUACAAUCUACGGCUAUGGCUUUAUUAUCUGAUUUACAAAAUCCUCGGCUAUGCUUUGGGAAAAUCUACUCUGACAAGGUAUUUAUCAUCACAUCUCCCGAGAUUCCUAACGACACUCGACGAAACGGUGAAUGCGUAAUCGUUAUUCAACAACACAACUCCGACGUCUGUCGCCUACGAUUCAUGCUCAAGUACUUUUGUGUUGGCGAGGAGCACAACCAUACCAGGUGCGACGGAGGGUACUUGGAAGUGGAUGGUCGGCAGAUAUGCGGUUGUCAGACUGGCAGAGCUGUAACCUCGGAGUUCGGUUUGGCAGUAAAUGAAGGCCAAAAAAUAUUGAAGUACGUUCCAGGGAAGUUGCACAUACCAGCGGUGAGAGGCUUUGUUAUCGAAGUAGUGCAGGAAACGUGUUUUGUCAUCGAGAACAGAAACGAGAUAAACCUAGAUCACCAUGCUGCUGCUUGGCCGAAAACCCUGUCACAAUUGGUGAGGCAUCGCCCGCUGGUGAUCAGUGAUUCUUCGCAACAAAACAGCGAAGGUAGCGGAAGUACGAACGAGCACUCGCAGGGGUCUCGGCACGAAGAGUCCAGCGAGGGAAGCAGGGUUCGAAGGUCGCCGUACGCAAACGGUUUCUGGAAGUGCAACUUGAAGACGUGGUUCCGCCAGCUCGGGGAGGGGUUCGGGAAGACAUGCCCGAGUCCGCAGGCGCCCCGCUGCCGAGUCACGAACGAGGUGGAAGGCAUCCUUCAGUCUCCCAACUACCCCGGACCUUACCCUGCGAACCUGCGGUGUUGCUACAGGAUCGCCCGGCGGGCCGGCUACUGCCGCCUGCAGCUCACCAUGCUGGACUUCAGCCUGCAGCUGAGUGCCGGCUGCGGCGAGGACUACCUGGUGCUGGGAGACAGAGGCCGCUACUGCGGCGCCUCCCUGGCCGCCACCACGUCUUACCUGGACCUGUCGGCGCGAGGCCACGCGGACGUGCUGUUCGUGACGGACUCCGACGGCGCGGGCCGCGGGUUCCGGGCGGCCUUCAGGCAGCUGCCUUGCUCGGCGUGGGGCCCGACGACCCCUGGCACCGCCACGACGCGGCCCCCCAGCUACCCCUGCGGCGACCUGGUGCGCGGGCGGUCCUUCCGCCUGGCCAGCGCGCGCUACAACCUGGCGCUCGCCGUCUGCACCUUCACCGUGCUGCGCGCCGGCCAGAUCUCGAUGGAAAGGUUCAACCUCACCUGUGGGCAAGAGUCGCUGCAGAUUGGCAGCCAGUUCUACUGCGGAGUUUUGACGGGUAACUACGUAAGCGCCAAGUUCAGCGGCGACGAGGUGCAGAUAGUGUACCGCAAGUCAACAGUGGACAGCCCAGGAGAGUUCGUCAUCCAAGGACAGCAGGUGGCGGACUGUGAGCUCACGUUGCUAUCCGCCGCACUGCAGUCCAGCUCGCCUGGACGGCUGGAGCUCGCGGUACACAGGUUGGCUCAGCAGCUGGAAGCUCGGGAACACAGAGCUGAGCUCCACGAGCGGCUGCCGAGAAGGGUCCGGCCCGACUGGAAACUCCCGGCGUAG